AUGUUCAGUUCCUCGGUCUUCUGCACGGCGCUGUGCCUGGGAGCGUCCGUGUACGCUUCUGACUUUGCCUCUAGGAGCACUCCCGGCGUGGGUGAGGAGUUCGGACUUUAUGCGUAUGGAGACGCAAUUGGUGGUCUCUCUCUGUUCUACGGAAAUGGCAAGGCUCUGAUUGGUGACCCAGCCAAUUCGACUGCUUCGAACACUUCAAGUGUAUACUUCGAACGUUCGUCCACGGAUAGCACUUGGAUCGCCAACCCGAACGGAACCACCAAUGCGAACGCCAGCUGGUCUGACCAGAUGCUCUACAUUCCCAGUUCGUCAUCUUCAAAUGAUGAAAUGGGCUUCGCGUCUACGAACGCGUCGAAUAGGACUACAACAGGUUUCAUCUUCUACGGACAAUGGAUGAUGGUGAAAUCUGAUUCUGGCGAAAUCUCUUCCAGCUUCUAUAUUAGAGAGAACUCGGAGGGCGAAGGGAUUUAUUCCUUGCUGUGGAAUGCGUCGGAUGAUGCAAGUGCUAUUCCAGUGUCCUUGCGUACUGCGAAGCCGUCUGAUUCUUGA